CCCACACCAGCGCGUUGCUUCAAAACAUCGCGAGAUUUUCUUCUUUAAGUCUCCGCCCCUCUACGGCACGAUGGUCGCACAAGAAUGUGAUACAGCCUCGGCGGCCGCCAUUUUCUUUCUUUCUUAGCAGUUGGUUGAGAGGUCCCUGCGAAGAAGCGGUAGCGGCCACUGUAGAGUAGGCAUGGCAGAUUAUUCAACAGUGCCUCCACCCUCGUCUGGCUCAGCUGGUGGUGGAGGCGGCGGCGGUGGUGGUGGAGGAGUUAACGAUGCUUUCAAAGAUGCGCUGCAGAGAGCCCGACAGAUUGCAGCAAAAAUUGGAGGUGAUGCUGGUACAUCACUGAAUUCAAAUGACUAUGGUUAUGGGGGACAGAAAAGACCUUUGGAAGAUGGAGAUGGCUCUUGGACAAGUCCGAGCAGUACAACACACUGGGAGGGAAUGCCCUCUCCUUUUAAAGAUCAGCCAGAUGCUAAGAAAGUUGCUCCUCAAAAUGACUCUUUUGGAACACAGUUACCACCGAUGCAUCAGCAGCAAAGCAGGUCUGUAAUGACAGAAGAAUACAAAGUUCCAGAUGGGAUGGUUGGAUUUAUAAUUGGCAGAGGAGGUGAACAGAUCUCACGCAUACAACAGGAAUCUGGAUGCAAAAUACAGAUAGCUCCUGACAGUGGUGGUCUUCCAGAAAGGUCUUGUAUGUUAACUGGAACCCCUGAGUCUGUCCAAUCAGCAAAACGGUUACUGGACCAGAUUGUUGAAAAAGGAAGACCAGCCCCUGGCUUCCAUCAUGGUGAUGGGCCAGGAAAUGCGGUUCAAGAAAUCAUGAUUCCAGCUAGCAAAGCAGGAUUAGUCAUUGGAAAAGGGGGAGAGACUAUUAAACAACUUCAGGAACGGGCUGGAGUUAAAAUGGUUAUGAUCCAAGAUGGACCUCAGAACACUGGUGCUGACAAACCUCUUAGGAUUACAGGGGACCCAUACAAAGUUCAACAAGCCAAGGAAAUGGUGUUAGAAUUAAUUCGUGAUCAAGGUGGUUUCAGAGAAGUUCGAAAUGAGUAUGGGUCAAGAAUAGGAGGAAAUGAAGGAAUAGAUGUCCCCAUUCCAAGAUUUGCUGUUGGCAUCGUAAUAGGAAGAAAUGGAGAGAUGAUUAAAAAAAUACAAAAUGAUGCUGGUGUUCGAAUUCAGUUUAAGCCAGAUGACGGAACGACACCAGAUAGAAUAGCACAAAUAACAGGACCUCCAGACCGAUGUCAACAUGCUGCAGAAAUUAUUACAGACCUUCUCCGAAGUGUUCAGGCUGGUAAUCCUGGUGGACCUGGGCCUGGUGGUCGAGGAAGAGGUAGAGGUCAAGGCAACUGGAACAUGGGACCACCUGGUGGACUACAGGAAUUUAAUUUCAUUGUACCAACUGGAAAAACUGGAUUAAUAAUAGGAAAAGGAGGUGAAACCAUAAAAAGCAUAAGCCAACAGUCUGGUGCAAGAAUAGAACUUCAGAGAAAUCCUCCACCUAAUGCAGAUCCUAAUAUGAAGUUAUUUACAAUUCGUGGCACUCCACAGCAAAUAGACUAUGCUCGGCAACUCAUAGAAGAAAAGAUUGGUGGCCCAGUAAAUCCUUUAGGGCCACCUGUACCCCAUGGGCCCCAUGGUGUCCCAGGCCCCCAUGGGCCUCCUGGGCCCCCUGGGCCUGGAACUCCGAUGGGACCAUAUAACCCUGCACCUUAUAAUCCGGGACCACCUGGCCCUGCUCCUCAUGGUCCUCCAGCCCCUUAUGCUCCCCAGGGGUGGGGAAAUGCGUAUCCACAUUGGCAGCAACAGGCCCCUCCAGAUCCAGCUAAAACAGGAACAGAUCCAAAUUCAGCAGCUUGGGCUGCUUAUUAUGCUCACUAUUAUCAACAACAAGCACAGCCACCGCCUGCAGCUCCUGCCGGUGCACCAACUACAACCCAAACCAAUGGACAAGGAGAUCAACAGAAUCCAGCUCCAGCUGGACAGGUUGAUUAUACCAAGGCUUGGGAAGAGUACUACAAGAAAAUGGGUCAAGCAGUUCCUGCCCCUACUGGUGCUCCACCAGGUGGUCAGCCAGAUUAUAGUGCAGCCUGGGCUGAGUACUAUAGACAACAAGCAGCCUACUACGCCCAGACAAGUCCCCAGGGAAUGCCACAGCAUCCUCCAGCACCUCAGGGCCAAUAAUAAGAAGUGGACAAUACAGUAUUUGCUUCAUUGUGUGGGGGAAAAAAACCUUUGUUAAAUAUAUGGAUGCAGACGGCUUGAUGAAGAUCUUAAUUUUGUUUUUGGUUUAAAAUAGUGUUUUUUCUUUCUUUCUUUCUUUCUUUUUUUUCUUUUUUUUUUUUUGAAAAUGUACAAAAUAUCUAUCACUACUGAUAGGAGGUUAAUAUUUCUGUGUAGAAAUGAAAAUUGGUUUGUUUUUAGUAUUUAGUGUAGAUGUACACAUUCCAGCAAAUGUAUUUGCAACUAUUAUGUGGUCAAUGCUUUGUGAUAUAAAUGUACUUUUUUCAAUGUAUACUUUCACUUUUAAAAUGCCUGUUUUGUGCUUUACAAUAAAUGAUAUGAAACCUCCUGUGUCGGUAAGUUGGAUAUGUGGGUAUUUAAAGGAUUCAUAAUUUCUUAGCAAUGAUAAAUUAAGAUACAUAUACACAAAUAUAUAAGCUUUCCCCAUGAAAUAUUAAUUUGAGUUUUUAAACACUGGCAUGUUUUUUUCCCCCUUGCAGUAUAGUAGUAGAUUGGAGGAUCUUUUCCAUUUAUUGUAUUUGGCUGUUUCAGCACAAGUAAUCCUGAUAUCUUCAUUUUUUUCCCCUUCUGUUUGAUUAAAAACUGCAUGUGUGUACAGUGAUCUUUUGGCAUACUUCCAUUGCAUUAACAGUGAAAUUUCCUUUUAUACAUGACCACUGUUUCAGACCUGUACUGCUGCUAUAACAGUUAACCUUUCUGUUUUUAAUUUGAUAAUUACUUGAUUUCCAAGACUGUUUCAGUUUUCGGAUAGUGAAUAUGAGUAGUCUAUAAUAAGAACAGUUUUUUCAUGUAAAGCAGCUCUUGCAAAUGUAUACAAUAUUAGAGUGUUUCUUUCUAAAUUUAGGGUAGAAAAAGUAGUAGUGUGCAAAAAGUAUAGCUACAGUGCAUCUGCCAUUGAAACAUUAUUGGGGUAUGAAAAUGUUCAAGCUUUUUUUUUCUUUUUUUUCUUUUUGCAGUAUAGAUAAGCUUUGUUUUGUAAAUGCACAAGUCCAAUCAUUGAAUCAACUUAAUUUUUUUAUGUACUUAAAAUCAUUUUAUUACUCUAUAACACUCAUGCUGAAGUUCUGAUAUUUUGUUGAAAUCCAUUGUUUUACUCUUUGCAUAUUUGUUGGCUCUUUGCAUAUUAAUAUAUUAGACUACAUGCAAAUACAGUCUGUCUUGCCAUUGUCUGUUGAAGUGCAGGUUUGAUCCAGCCAGUAUAGAACUAGCUCUGUAGGGGUGAGGAGGACUGUGCUGUGUAUCAUCCUUGAUUGUGUUCCUUCAAGGAGCAUUGCACUGUAAGUACAUCAGAAUGACAAAUUGAUGAACUGCAACAGUAUCUUUUUGUCAAUGUUCCACAUAAUGCAAAUGCCAUACUUUGUGUGAAUAUUAUGUUGGAAUACAGUGCCUAUAUCUUGGAAAACCAUAACUGCUUCUUAAUUUAACAUAGAAUAAUUCAUAGGUCUGUAUUUUUUUUUUAAAGUGAGCUUAAUGGGUAAGUAUUUUUGAUAUGCUUUAGCUAUAGCUAAAGAAAACUGAUCAUUAACAAAGUUGAAUAGUAUUACUCAUUGGUGCUCCUAAAAUAUAUUGUUUUUCAGUGUAAAACAUGCAUAUCUUAUAUAUUAAUAUGAAAGACUUGAAAUGUAUCAGACAGAGUGGUUUUCAGUUUGCAAAUAUUAAGCAAUGUAGUGGUUUUAACACCAUUUCCUAUAUAUAUAUACUAGUUCUUUCAUUGGUGGGGGAGCACCAUUUGCUGUUCUGAAUAUACUAUAAAGAAAGAUGUGCAAGGACAUAAAUGUUGAGAUUACUUAUAGGGUAGAAAAUAGCAGUACAGUUCAUUGUAGAUGUUUUGAAAUGUUGUUUGACUGUUUUAUAGAACCUAGAGUGACUUCCCUUACCCUUAUUUAGAUAUGGAUAUGUAGUUCUAGCUUCAAGUUUAAUAGUUAAGGAGUUAUCUGUUAUCUUUAAGAGUAGGGUAUUGAUGUGAACAGUUUCAGUAUUUUGCAUGAUACUGUUUUAUAGAUGAACUUUUAGGAAAGUGGUACAUUAAUUAAACUGAAGAGAUCAGUUGGAUUCAAUAUCAUAACUCACAAAUUGGAGGCUGUUGAUUUUGAUUCAUUUAAGGUUUAAAAUCUUUAUUAAUUGCAAACAGUGCAAUUAUUUAUACUUCACAGUGCCUUCCCAGACCUUCCACCUUAGGUUCUGCUGCAAAAAGCAACAGGUAAGCACAACCUAAGGACAUAUAUAAAUAAAUAUUUCAGUACAUUAAUGUUGUCCCUGUGAGGUUUUUGUGGUUGUGUAUUCAAAAGCAAUCUGCUACUGCUUCCCCAAAGUGUAUUUUGUUAUUUAUGCUACCAUUUCAGUGGAAAGUCUUUAAGUUGUUCAAACAACUGUUUACAUUUCUGGGUAAUGUUUUUUAUUUUAAUUUUUUAAAUUAAAACGGGAAAAAAUGAUGAGUAGAUUGCUGCUGUAAUUAAACUACAUCCGAACUUUUCCCAAAUAUAGAAGAAUUGUUAAAAUUUUAAAAAGGACAGUUACAUAGGUUUCAGGAUUUAGGAAAUCAUUUGGUCAGACACUUCAACAGCCUUCACAAUCUGUUUAUGAUUGACAAGACAUUUUCUUUGCCCUCCAAAGCUAUGGAGUCUUUAUUUUUUUUCUUAUUCUUGAACCGUAGUAACUCAGUAAGGACAUUAUGGGUCAAGAAUUUCAUUAUGACUUUUUUUUAGACAAUUCAGUUUUCAUAACUUUUAUAUAUACACUGAAAAAGGAAAAAAAUUAUAAGAAAUACUGGCAGUAUGUUUUGGUAAAGGCAUGUGCAUCAGUGAAAUGUUAACUGUAUAGCAAAUAACCUUUCAUAAUCUGUAUAGCAACCAAUAUUUUUCUGGUUUAUAAUACUUUAAUAACUGACGCUGCAUUUUAUUUUUUGCCAGUUUAAAAUGUUUGUGUGUUCUUAUAGAUGAUUUUAACUGGUACAUAUUUUGAGUUAAGAUGAAUGUAUUAAAGCAGCAUCAUAUCA